AUGUGGAGAUUUGAGGGACCCCCGAAUCCCUUUGGUGCCCAGGCCUCCCUGAAGGUCUCAGGGGCCCUCUUCCAGCCCUGCGUGGUGCAGGAAGGAUGGGAAACGUGGCUCUCCCUCUCCCUCCCCAGUGCCCCCAACCUGGCCACUCCCAUGAAGCCUUCAGUCUCCAAGGCCACAUUCCCUGUCCCCACACAGCUACUGAAAUUAGUCUGCCCCACUGCGAGCUCCGGGGCUGGGGAGGAACGGGAGCUGUGUAUGGCACCAGCCCACCAGCUAUUCAUUCUUUUGCCCAGUUGGCAAAUCGUGUUGGGCACCUACUGUGUGCAGCAGGCCUGGGCUUUUGGGGGCCUGGGAGUAGGGGUUCCAUCACUCUAUGAGGGCAAGCACUUCACGGGGCGGAAGCUGGAGGUCUUCGGGGACUGUCAAAUCCAGGGCUGGGGCUUUAUGAACCGAGUGAACUCCAUCCGCGUGGAGAGCGGAGCCUUCUGCUUCGAUCACCCUGACUUCCGGGGCCAGCAGUGUAUCUUGGAGCACGGCGACUGCCCAUACUUCUUCUACUGGAACAGCCACAGUGACCACACGGGCUGCUGUCGGCCUGUAGGAAUGGUGACACGGGGACACUUCCGCCUAGAAAUCCUUGAGGGCUCUCACGGCCGGUGCCUGGAGUUCCUGCAGGACUGCCCCUUCCUGCAGAGGGGCUGGGCCAAGAGCUGCGUCAACGCCAUCAAGGUAUGUGGGGACGGAGCAGCAUGGAGCCCUAGAAGCUUCGGAGCUGAGGACUUCCGUGGGGCAGCUCUCUCAGAUCAAGGACUGGAAGACAACACCACAGUCUUGAUCUCUUGACCUUGUGAUCUGCCCGCCUCGGCCUCCCAAAGUGCUGGGAUUACAGGUGUGAGCCACCGCGCCCCACCAUAUUUAGGUAUAUUUUUGUCAAGAACUUGACGCAAAUCCAAAGCCUCUCCAGGCCUCAGACCCUGUUCUGUGAAAUGCGCAGUCAUGUGUGUUGUACCAACUGUAUACCCUUGUAAAGGCCAAAGGGGUGACCCAUGAGCUGGCGCCAUAUGAGGGCUGCUUAGUAGUAGCAGGUGACCCAGUAGGUGACGGGUGGGGGAGCAGGCAGGGGGAGUGUGUCACAGGAGUGAGGGUGACUUGGCUCCAAACUCCAGCCUGGUUCUCACUCUGUCACUCACUAGGACGUGACAUUGGAGAAGCCACUGCUGUGUGUCUCAGUGUCCUCAGACGUACAGCAGUGGUCAUAAUUCCGGCCCUCAUAGGCAGUUAAUGCCUGGGGAAUGAAAUGAGAGCCUCGGGCCCCACCAGUUCAGUCCGGGUCCUUGGGAGUCACGGGAAAAGCCAGGCCCAGCAGCCUUUCCAGCGAGUUCCAGAGGCUUCCCCUGAGGUCUUCCGCUCCUCCCCAGCACCAAGGCGUAGCAGCACCUCAUUAACUGGUGAUUUAAUGCUUCGAAUGGGCUUUGUGCUCCUCGGUGACCUCCCCCUCACCCCAGCCCCCUGCUCCCUAAUCUGUCAGCAAAUCUGCUUUUUGUCUGAAAGAGGAAAAACAAGUUUCCCACCAAAGUGCUUGUGGGCAGCUUGUAAUGUAUCUGAAGUCCGUCCAGGGGUCGAUGGACCGAGGGUGAGAGGCGCUCAGAGCCACACAUGCUUUACAUAGUUCUGCCUCCCUCUGUGGUUUGGAAAGCUGGGACUUUCACACAGCCAUCCCCUCCUGUCCUCAGCCCUGGGUCCCCCUGCCCUGCCGGUCCCCUGCACACUGUUUAUCAGGCCCAGUCUGACCACAGGAAAAACAUUCCCUUUGAAUCUCCCCAGUCACUCCAUACCCACCUCCCCUCCCCCCCUCUACCCCCCACUCCUACCCCCACCCCCGCCAAGAAGUUCCUCCCACUGGCCAAGGGCUGGUCCAAGAAGUCUCUUUUGGCCUCUUCCCCUUCCUGGGCCUCCCUCCCCGCCUUCCUGGCUGGAGGCUUCCAGGUUCACCUCUUUACCCCACUGGGUGCCUUCAGAGCACGGCUGUCCUGCCUGUGAUCCCCCCCAGGAAGCCACAACAGAUCUUCAGUCAAAGGCUGUGGGAUGAGCUUGAGCCCACCCAGGGAUG